AGUAGUAGUAUUAUUAUCAUUAGUAUUAUUGUGAUUGUGAUAUUUUUUCUUAUCCACUCAAAUUGUCUGUAAUUAUCUAUAGAUACUCAAGUCAUAUUGAGAAUAAACGAUAUUUUUUAUUAUACAUAUAUAUAAAAAAUAAACCUGUGUGUAAAUGAGUAAAUGUUAAAGUAUUUAAUGACUGGAAAAUCCUCUUAUUUUGACCUGAGUAACAACGAAUAAGGUUAUAUAAACAGAUAUAUAUAUAAAUAUAUAUAUAUAUAAGUAAAUCUCAGAAAUUCAUCAGUAAUUAUUACGUGUGAACACUUAAAAAUAAAUAGAUUGUGAAACAACAGAAACAAUGAAUUUCUCUUGGUUUCUUUUUAAAAAUUUUAUAUUCAUCAUAUUUUUCAACUAUGCUGUAGCGUAUAGAACAAAUGCUGCUGUGGGUGAAUUUAAACAUUACUCUGAAGAUUCGUUGGAAACCUUAUGUCAGUUAGAAUCAGAACUUGUAUUAAAAGCAGUAAAAAAUUUGAUUGAAGGACAUACAGAUGAUCAGUAUAGUGAAAAUUUGAUCAGUUUUUGGCUAAAAAACUGUAUUCAUCGAUCAAAAGAAGAAAUAAUACAGAAGCGCCCGUACUAUGGUUGAAGACUGAUGCAAUAAACAGAAGAACUAAUACCUAUUUGCAAUCACUAAUUACUUUACCGAAAUAUACCAUGAUAUCAUACCUUGAGUACAUC